AUGGCCGAGUCAGAGACUGACUGUGACACACCAGGUCUCGAUACAUUGGGAUCUGAGUGUGUCAUCGCCCAUACCCAAGUCGUUGACUUGCAUUAUGGAGCGGAAACUGAGAUUAUGACUCAGGAGGAUAAAAGACUUGACCUAGAGGCUAUACAUGGUGAUUUAGGGGCAGUGACCUGUGUGGAUGUGGUAACAGAGACGGACCAUGACUACAUUAAAUCUGAAAUACACCACGAUCAUCAUCAGUACUUCAGCAGUGCAGAAAUCAAAGGCAAUGAGCAUUUGCUCGGUGAGGUGCUGUUGAAGACGGAGAUAGAUGGUGGAGAACAUAUCGUAAAGGUGGAGUCAGACCACGGAGGGGAGCUUACAGUGGAGUCAGAGAAUGGAGUUAUCAUCCAUGAAGCCCAUGGCCUGGAAUGCAGUGAGUGUGGGGAGAUUUUUGGCUGCAUGUCUGAUCUGCAUGAACACUUUGAAAUCCACAAAGCCACUCACCCCUACAUUUGCGUCCACUGUGGUGAGAGCUUCGCUGUUGAAGCCAGCCUAAGAAGUCACAUGAGGAUUCACAUGAAAGAGAUAAGUUAUAACACUGGUCUUGAGAUGGUUGGUGCAUUCAACUUGAAACCCCACCAGAUGAUGCACUCUCCUGAAAAGCCACACAGAUGCUCUGAGUGUGGCAAAAGCUUCGCUGCUGCCAUCACUCUCCGGGAACACAUGAAAAUGCAUUCGGAUGACAAACCCUACAAAUGCACCCAAUGCCGAAAAAGCUUUGUGCGCAGACGCCACUUGAAAAAACAUCAAGAGCUGCAUGCCCACGACAAGCCGUUCACCUGUCUUCAGUGUGGAAAAGGCUUUACGACGGCUUCUAAUCUCAAGCAGCACCAGAAGACUCAUGCUGGUGAGAAGCCACACAGAUGCACCCAGUGUGGAAAGUGUUUCGCGGCAGCAGCUACGUUGAGAGAGCAUCAGAGAAUCCACUCAGGGGAGAAGCCCUACAAGUGCACCCAGUGUCGGAAGAGCUUCGUCAGGAAACGCCACCUCAAGAAGCAUCAGCUGGUCCAUCAGGGUGGAAAGCCCUACCGGUGUUCUCAGUGCGACAAGGGUUUCAACCAUUCCUCCUCAUUGUCACGACACCACAAGGUCCACCUUGAGGCCAAGAUGUUCGCCCAGGCGGAUAAGGAUUUCCCCUUCGAUACUACGCUAAAGAGGGGAAUGCACACAGGUGAAAAACCAUACAGCUGCAACCAUUGUGAGAAGAGCUUCAAUCAUUCGUCGUCACUAUCCAGGCAUCAGAGGACUCAUUCCGAUGGAAAGUCCUACACCUGUGCUCAGUGUGGGAAGAGGUUCAAUCAUCCCUCUUCUCUCGCGCGGCACCAAAGGGUUCAUUUGGAGGAUAAGUCAACUUACAGUGCUAUUGCAACAGGAAAGGGAUUCCCCCACACUACCAUCUUGAAACAGAGAAUCCUUCAGAGUGAGAAACCAUAUAGGUGCGAUCAGUGUGGAAAGGGUUUCAAUCAUUCGUCUUCUCUGUCUAGGCAUCACAGAAUUCAUAUUGAUCAGUAA